ACACAGUCCUUAUUCAUACAGAUCAGUCGAAGCUCGUCGAACUGGAACGAAAGCUGCUUGUUGAACAGUCUACUAUAUAGGUUAUAGCGCUUAAUUUUCCUCGUUUUUUCAGUCGAUACUUUAUACAAGUUAUUAGCUAUGUCAUCAGCGUGUUCCGAUGCACGUCAAUGCACCGGAUGGACCAUUAGUGACAUUAGCGGACCUAAACUACUCAGAUAUGACAGCUAAUCGCAACAUCGGUUUAUUAGAUUAGAAGAUUUUCAAUUAGACGAGAAGUAACAAUAGAAAUUUUGAAGGGAGGAGCCUAUUCUGAAAUACACUGCACCGACUCAAAUAAGGCUACUUAUUUGCAAUAUUCAUUACGAUGACAAAACUCAGAUGUUGCAGACUGUUGUUCGCCUUUUUCGAGGUUAUUCUUGGAAUAUCGGCGACGACACAUUGGGUUGUUACGGAAAAUGGGAUAAUUCAAUCGAUGUCCGACUCUAUUUUUCAAAUGCAACGGCCUUAUGAUUUGCUGUCAUUUUUGGAGCAAGGAAAUCGACGGGAUUCUGUCAACAAAUUAUUUGAAAGUAUGAGAUCCAGAAAGGCUAUAAUUGAUAAUCAGUUUGUCGGCCUGCAUUCUGCAUCAGACGUCGAAAAUGGUUUGCAUAUGUCUGAUAUUGACUGUUUACUGAGGGAGCAAUAUGAUGUCGAACUAGACUUACAUCAUAGUAUUGUAUUAGAUGGAGGAUUUAGAGAAGGAAUAACACAAGAUGAUUUUUACCUUAAUGAUGUACAAAUUGAAGAAAAGAAAAGAGUACCAGAUUGUAAGAAAACUUUUCCAUUGGAUUUUAGUAUGCACACCUUUGAACAUCUGAGUGCUAUGCGUGAUAGAAAAAAGUUAACUCAGCAGCAGGAAAACGGCUUGAUGAAAUAUGUCCCACCAAAUAUGAAUCUUAGUGAUCUUGGUCACACAGUGGCCUAUGGCUUGAUGCUCAAUAAUACUUCAUGGUUGCAUUUAAAUUUAGCUAGUAUAUUCUGGCGGAUCAAAGGUGAUGCUUAUAAUGCUCUAGAAUGUGCCCGGAGAGCUAUUGUAAAGGCACCAAGACAACAUCGAGAUAUACCUCUCUUGACUGCAGGUGGAAUUCUCCAUGCUGCUAAUUAUUCUUCAGAUGCAGCUGUACUACUGCAUACAGCAAUUGAAUAUGCACCCAAAGAGAGUAUGCACCAUCUUGCUCUUGCAAAUGUUUAUGCAUAUUUGGGUGAAUACAAUAAAUCAAUAGAGUUUUAUGAUAAUUCUUUGAAAUUAAACCCAAAUCUAGACAUGUCUCGAAGUGCAAAACACAACAUUCUAUGUAACUUAAAAUUAGAGAGUUCCUUAAGUGCUUUGCACCAACAAUUACUUGAUAUUUUAACUGAGCUUCGUGCCUAUCACAAUGAGCAAACUGAAUUGCUAAGUUUUCAAGAAAAAAUUCUAUGGGAAGACAUUAAACAAAUGCCUUUCCUUACGUCUCAAGAUGGCAUUCAAGAUGAAAGUUUAAACUCCAUUUUAACAAGUCGCGGACAAUCCUGUAUGCAAAGAAGCGGCGAUGAGUCAAUACUUUCCUGUGAUAUUAUGUCUGAGAGACAGAUGUUGGCACAAAAAUUACAAAUUGAUUUUGGUGUUAGUUUGCAAGUUUUGAAAAACGUUGAAAAUCAGGCUAAAGAAAUACGUGAACGAAUGACGAAGUCAAAAAUUACAAGUGAAAAUUUAGAUCACUUUAGUCAGACUCCAGAUUAUACAAAAUUUUCUACUGUUUUUAUGGAGCCAACUGGUAGACCAAAAUACCAUAAUCUAGAAAUAAAGGAAUCACCAGAACCUUUUGAAAAACCAGACUGGCCAUCCGAAUCUUAUUGCGAAAGUUUAAUGCCUUUUGUUCUUGACGUAAAACAGUAUGUGCCAGUGUACUUGCCACCUGAAAAUAAAGGCUAUGUGACAUAUUUAUUCGUUAGUGAAUUAAUAGGUAUUGACCCUGACAAAGAGCAUCCAUUACCAUGGUAUCCACCAGUCUGCCAAGUACCAAAGUCAUUUGAUAGAAAAUAUAUUCCACCAGAAUUGGUGAAAGCUACAACUGGAUAUAACUUACCUGAUACAAGUCUUACUCCAAUGUUAACGGCACUAGUCAAUGAUGCUGAGAUUUCCGAAAUAGGCCAACGUAUUUUAACAGCAACAAAUUCGAAAGUAGCAGCUCCAUGGGUGCUGUCGAUGCUUGCUUCGUUGCAUUGGCGUGUUGUGGGGAAGCCUCGCAAUGCACUAGACUGUCUUCAGCUUGCGCUCGAUUCCGUGCCUAAAAAAUUUAGAGAUGUCCCGCUUAUCAGCAUUGCAUCAAUUAGUCAUAAAUUUAGUCUCAUUGACAAUGCGCUGCUAGUUACUGAAGAGGCAUUUAAAAUCAAUUCCGUAGAACCAAUGACAAAUUUCCUUUACGGAACGCUGCUUCACAUAAAAGGAAAUUAUUCCGGUGCGAUCCACCACUUGAAGCAGGCACUGCGGGUGGAGCCGCAUGCCAUGAGUGGCCACGCUACGACGAUGCUGCAGACCAUUGCUUGUCAAGAGAGAUUCAGUACCAGUGGACCAGGAUCAUCAGAUAUUGACGAUACCACUACAUGGUGUAUUGGGAUAACAGAUUUGCCCGAGCAAGUUAAUAAGUAUAAUUCACGAGAGGACGAAAGUAUACAAUGUGAUAGCGACGGCAAGAAUUGUAAGCGCGUCGAAUGUUUCGCAGUGAGCACCGAUGCUGAUUUUUUAACUGGCGUGUAAAUCAGCUCGUAGCGUUGUACUUCUCACUCUUUGUACGUAAUCUAAUCACAAUGCAUUUGCUAAAGUGUUUUCUGAAAUAGCAUAUAUUUUUCGAUACUUGAAAGUAUACAAGCGAACCAUAGGUGUUUCAUCGUAAAAAAAAGAAAUAGAAAAAAAACAAAGUUGAUUUGUUGUUUGCGCUCAGCGAUUCUGUUUGACACACGGAUAUCCCUGGUAGAAACGUUAACGGUUAAUAAGCUAAAUUUUGGGCCACCUAGCUAAGUUGUGGUUAACAAUUUAAAUAAAUAAGAGUUUAAACAUUAUAAAUGCAUAGAUAUACACAUUAACUCAAGAUAAAACAGAACAUUUGCUUGAAAUUUGUCAAAUGACUGUUACAAUCCAGAAAUUAUAGAAAAAUAUCUUGCAAUAGUGAAAAAUCCAAAUAUUUGUAAUAAAAGAUGCAAACGUUUUAAUGCAAGAAAAAAAGGAAAAAACAAUUUUUAACUUAAAAAUAAUACUGUGUUGGUAUAAUAGACACGCAUCACUAAAAUAUUAGCAACAUUUUGCUUUUUACAUUCAAUUUGAUAAUAAUGGUCAACUAAACUUAACUUUUUAACGGGUUUCACUCGUUAAUUUUCUACCAGGGAUGAUAAUGAUAGACUUAAUCAAAGGCAUUGAUGUGAUAAUCGACAAUAUACGUAUAUGCAACACACGUACACGCGCUUUUUGGUUACUUACCGAAAAUAAAUCUAUAUUACUGAGUUUCCGAGGCAUAGCUCUUAUACACGCAUACACACAAGAGAUGAAAAAUAAA